AUGGAAGUUCAGAUUAUCUCCAAGCACACCGGCAAGAGGCACCAGCUGAACAGCCAACAGAGACACCUGAGCCCACGAGCCUUAUUCCCCACCGGGUUAGAAGAGCGCGUUCCCGCGGAGCGGCCCCACGGCUGCCUGCAGCCCCAGACCAAGCAGGCGAGGCGACCCGGGGACGCGGCAGCGGGCAGACAGCCGCCCAGGCAGGCGGCCUCCCCGGGCCGGACACCUUCUUCCCGCCCGCACGGCCCGCGCUACGCCGGCCAGCGGCGUGAGCGGUCACCGAGACGCGGACCCGCAGCCCGGGCCGGCCCACGAGGCCCGAAGCGCUCCGAGGAGCCCGCCAAAACACCGCCCGCCCCCGACGGGCCCUCACGGCCGCCGGUAAGGCCGCGGGGCCUCGGCAAGACGGAGGGGAGGGGGGCACCGGGCCGCCCUCGGCUCUCUCUCCCCACCCCCGCGGCCCCUCACUCACGCUGCGGGCCGGGCCAGGCCGGGCCGCGGCGGGUCUGGCGAGGCCCCGCGGCGGCCCCCGACGCCCCUCGGAGCCGCCCGUCGCCGCGCAAAACGCCGGAAGCGCAACCCCCGCCGCACAAAGCCAUUACAUCAUCGCGCCGCGACGGCGCCUUGCCCCUCGCCCCCCCCCCACCUGCGCCAAUCACCUCCUUCCCCCGCGACGUCACGCGCGCGCCGCGGUGA